CAGUUCUAAAUUUCGAGGCGAGUAACAUCGAAGGACCAAAAAUUUGGGAUUCCACGGAAGAUGCGAAGGAACGCGUUGGGAAGCGUUUGCUUCCUGGCGAUCCUUGUCUGUGUUGUGUGUAAAGAUGCCGGCCAGAAACCAGUUAUUGGUAACCGAGUAUUCCAAAGAUCUCAUAGCCUAAGAGUAAGAAGAGCUGACGAACAAGACUCACCACUGACCCCUGUAGAUGAUAUUAGCAGAUCUGGAAAUCCCAUUUACGAGUCUUGGGAAGACUAUGGGUUACCUGGUUAUGACCCCAUCUACUAUGGUCCAGCUUAUCCUCAAGCCCACAGCAACGCGUACGCUGACGCUUCAGCAAAAGCAGAAAACUAUGGUUAUCCAGGAUAUGGCUUAGACGAACCAAGAUAUUCCUAUGGACAAAAUUAUGGGCCAAGUCUAAGUGAGAGUGAUGCAUACGCAUAUUCAGAAAGCAACGCACAUGCAGGAGCACAGAGUAAUGCACUGGGACUGGAUCAGAGUGAAGCCUAUGCUGUAAGCAAUGCACAAUCGGUAGCACAGAGUGAUGCGUACGGCCUGGACCAGAGCGAUGUGUAUGCUGCAAGCAAUCCUCAAUCAGUAGCACACAGUAAUUUAAGAGGCCUGGGCCAAAAUGAUGCAUAUGCUGCUAGCAAUGUCCAGUUAGUAGCACAGAGCAAUGCGUAUGGGCUGGAUCAGAGCGAUGCAUAUGCUGCAAGCAGUGCACAAUCGGUAGCACAGAGUAAUUCGUAUGGGCUGGGUCAGAGUGAUGCAUAUGCCGGAAUCAAUGCGCAGUCAGUAGCACAGAGUAAUGCGUAUGGGCUGGGUCAGAGUGAUGCAUAUGCUGCAAGCAGUGCACAAUCGGAAGCAAAGAGUAAUGCUUUCGGGCUGGGCCAGAGUGAAGCCCAUGCUGUAAGCAAUACACAAUCGGUAGCACAGGGUAAUGCGUAUGGGCUGGACCAGAGCGAUGCAUAUGCUGCAAGUAAUGCUCAGUCAGUCGCACAAUUCGGUCAAAGUGAUGCAUAUGCUGCAAGUAAUGCCCAGUCAGUAGCACACAGUAAUCUAAGAGGACUGGGUCAAAGUAAUGUAUAUGCUACAAGUAACGCCCAAUCAGUAGCACAGAGUAACUCACAAGGGCUGGGUUAUAGCGAUGUGUAUGCUGAAAGUAAUGCCCAAUCAGUGGCACACAGUAACUCGCAAGGCCUGGGCUAUAGCGAUGCGUAUGCUGAAAGUAACGCACAAGCACUAGCACAUAGUAACUCACGAGGACUGAGUCACAGUGAUGCAUAUGCUGAAAGUAACGCACAAGCAGUAGCGCAGGGUAAUGCUCUAGCACAGAGUAAUGCAUAUGCAAUAGCAGAAAGUAAUGCUCAAGAUUACUACAAGGAACCGACCUUAGAAAUCCCUAUAUACUAUCAAUAUGGACAGGAUCAAAUAAAACCAGACGGACUAAGAGCUUUAGGGUCCGUAGUAGAAGAACCGUUAUAUGGGCACUAUGGCGAUGAAGAUAAAUCUGCGCACUCACACAGCUCAGCUCACGCUUUUGCAGGAGCCUACUCCAGAUUAAUUCCUCGAGAAGAACACAUCAGACCGCAUUCGAUGCCAGGAGGAAAAGAUGCUAUACAGUGCACAAAAGAAGGACAGAUAUUUCACCUGUGGAUUCCUGUCAUUGGCUGCACGGUCUGCAUAUGUGUGAAAGAGGGAUACUACACAGAACCUUACUGUGUGAAGUGCGAUUGUUCAGCUCCACAGCAUGGAGUAGCGCCAACAAUAGAAGCGCCAGUGGUUAUACAACCUGUGGUCCCUGCACCGCUACCGCAACCGGAAUCACAAGUUUCCUGUGACCCCCUACCAACGGACACUCCCUUCGAGAACCCCAUGAACCCGUGCCAGAUCUGCGUCUGCCAGAGAUCUAUCAAUAGCCUGGGACAGCCAGACAUUCAGAUCACUUGCGAGGAAAACCCAGAAUGCUUGGUACCUCCGCAACCGUCACCGCAACCACAGCCUCAACCGCAACCGCAACCGAUUCCCAUUCCCGAAACCGAAAUAGUUCCAGUGCAUCCCGAGUCUGCAGAAGGAAUAUGCCAGGAGUACCCCCUGGAUGUGCCUUUCCAAGACCCUGCUGAUGCAUGCAGCAUCUGCAUUUGCUCUAUCGAACAUUAUCAAUACAAGGUCAAAUGCCGGCCCGAUCCAGCAUGCGAUGUAAAACCAUUUAUCGUACCAGAAUUGAUACACCCUGUGGAGCCUUUGCCGGUACCAAUACCAGAACCUAUACUUAUCCCAGAAAAACCAGAACCUAUCCCAGAACCUAUACCAGAACCAAUCCCAGAACCAUACCCCGAAAUAGUUCCGUAUCCAGAACCCGUAUAUCCUGUACCAGAGCCUGAACCCAUACCUCACUAUCCAGAAAUCAUACGUGACAAUGUACCACUGGUAUACCCCGAACCAGCUCCACAAGUUAUCCAUCCGGUGGAGCCAAUUCCAGUAUUCCAACCGGAACCAUAUUAUCCAGAGCCAUUUCCGGUUCCACAACCAGAACCAGAACCAUAUCCGGUUCCACAACCAGAACCAGAACCAUAUCCGGUACCACAACCAGAACCAUAUCCGGAACUACAACCAGAUCCUUAUCCGAUACCGCAACCAGAACAGACCCCAGAAAUUGAGGUCCCAGAAGUGUUACCGGUACCCGUGCCUAAACUGAGACCAGAUGCACCUGAAAAUCUACCGGAACCAGUUCCCUGGCCACCGGCGAUACCGAGUCCUCUACCGGGCCCUCCACCACACGAGUCCUGUCACCCGUACCCGCCCAACACGCCAUUUCAGCACCCUUGGGAUGUCUGCCAGAUCUGUGUGUGUACAGAGAUCAUCACCGAUAACGUCAUCAACGUAGAAGUCAACUGCUACACCAGCAAAUUGUGUUGCAUCGAACCGCCAUUUUCAGGUCCUGUGGUACAACCUCUAGGUAUUUCUGGACCACAAACAUCAAUUUCUGCGCCAGCCCACAUAAAAUUCAUAGACAAAAUAUGCGAGCAGCGAAGCCUGGAGGUUGAGUUUGUGAACCCCAACGACGACUGCAAGACCUGCAAGUGUGAACUAUAUGGAAACCUGGUGGUGCCGGUCUGCAAACGUACCCAUAAACCUGAAUGUGCCGUCGCCCCCGCGCCCGUUUCGUCGGGCAGGGAGGUGGUCUACAUCGAGCCGAGAUGUCGGUACCGAGUUCCCAGCCAGUACUUCCGAGUGGAGGGUAGCAUCUGCGUCUGCGAACCAAUUUACAGAUACGUCAUUGCGAAAUGUGUUAAGCUUCCAUUGAAUUCGGGUUCGUCGAGUGGAGAAAAUAAAGUUCUACCACCACCCCACAGUCCUGCUCAGCCGAACGCUGUGAGCUCUUGGCAACGACCAAUAAAUCCUCCGUAUUCUUCAAACCUGCCAGUUUCUGCCUACCAGUUACCAUCACAGUAUGAAACUGGUUUUCACCCUUAUUACUGGCUACAAAAUUAUCCCGGAAUGGUCACUGAUCUCAAACCACAACAACAAAUCACCCCCAGCAACGAUUUAUACCAUCAAUUAAAUUAUGUUCAUCCAUCUGAUGCAUUUAAUCCGUCUUAUUUGGGACUAAAUGAUAAUGAACAGGUGCAGGCAAUAGCUCAAGCUGUAGCAGAAAGUAGCGAAGGUCCCAGUGGUCAUGUUAAACCGAAUGACCAUUAUAUAGCUGGAAGUAAUGCUUACGUCAAUGUUGGAAAACCUCAUUUGGCCUAUGGUAACUUGUACGGUUGGAAUCCAUACGGUCACCUUCAAUCUCAGGGUCUAAAUGAUGCUAAUAAGUUAAACAUCAAUGGAGUAUCAAAUGCAGAAGCAAACAUGCAAACGGAUUCUACCCUUAACCCAUAUUAUAAUCUACUGAAGAACAUCUACGGUACUAAUUAUUUAGGCCAAAAUAACAGGCAACAUUCGAUACCGUAUAGCUAUUAUAAUUACGGCAACAACCAAGAGCUAGGUAUGCAAAAUUCAUAUUAUCUUGGCUAUAACAAUGCACACGAUACUGCUGAAUCGGUUGGAGAAAUUAGCCAAUGGGAUGCUCAAGCAGUGGCCGAAGCUAGCGCACAAGCAAACGGUGCUCAGACUAAUACCCAAGCUAAUGCAUAUAGCAAUAUAAAUGUCCCAUCACAUGGAGAAUUCUUCGUAGAAGAAGAUGCAUUGGCUAAUGCUUUAGCGAAUGCACAAGCUAGACAAAAUUAUGGAUUAGUUUAUCCACAAAACGAUGUAUUUUUACCGGGAUAUGCUCAAACUAAUUCAGAGGCAAGUGCUUUAGCGAAUGCACAAGCUACACAAAAUCAUAGAUUAGUAUAUCCACAUCGUCAUCCACAAAACGAUGUAGUUUUACCGGGUUAUGCUCAAACUAAUUCAGAGGCAAAUGCACAAGCUAUACAAAAUCAUGGCUUAGCAUAUCCACAUCGUCAUCCACAAAACGAUGCAUUUUUACCGGAAUAUGCCCAAACUAAUGCAGAGGUUUUAGCAAAUGCACAAGCCACACAUGUUUAUGGGUUAGCAUAUCCUUACCGUCAUCCACAAAACAAUGCAUAUUCUCAAGCUAGUGCAGAGUCCCAUUCACAUUCUGAUGCACUGAGCAAUGCCCUGGCUAAAGCACAAGCUAAUGUUGCAACAGUUGAACAACUGACCGAUUCUUUAGCACAUGCUAGCUCCUCGGCCAAAGCACAAUCUCACUCUCAGGGUAAUGCACAGGCCAAUUCGUUAUCUAACACGCAAGCUAAUUCAUAUGGGGAUUCACAAGCCUCCGCUCAAGCCAACGCUUUAAGUAAUGCGAAUAACUAUCGACCGAAUAUUAUAAGAAACCAACGCCCAUCAAACUUAGGGUUGCGUCCACGUUUAUUUGGGAAUCGGGUGCGCUACUUUGAUAAAAGUGGAGCAAAUUCAGACGACAAUGAAUCUGCUGAAAAUGAAUCUAUUGAAAAUAGUAGAGAAGAACCCAAUCGAUUUGAUCUUCCUGACAUAUUGACACCGGUCAGUAUCACAGUUAAAUCAGGAGAUGAAAUUGAGGACGAAACUGUGACGACGCGACCGGAACGCCAUGAUGCUUCCGAAGUGUUUGACCAUCAUCUACCGAAUAAUCGUCACGAAAAACGUGAAAACACUGCUGCACCAGUGACACUACCAGCAUAUUCUACGCCAUUGCAAUACAGAAGAUCAACAAAUUCAGAAGCAUCUAGUCUGCCCACCACUGGGCUUCCUGUGUCUACACCUCCACCACUUCUAUCAGCCACUGUAUCAGAUAACUCAGAGGAAUCUACACUAACAACAUCCUCUCCAACAUUCGGAACCACAAGAUCAGUAAACUUGAAGGAAUCUAAUCCCGACGAACGAAGAUGAUAACCACGGUGACGAGAAAAUCGGCGAGAAAAACGGACUCUGAUAAUAUUUAUGUGUGAAAAGCAAAGACAAUACACGCUACAUAAAGA